AAAUGUGAUUGGUGGAUCCCAUGGUACUUGCUCCAAAAAGUAAUUGAUCUUCCAUUGUGUAUGACUAUAAAAGCAACAAUAUACAGGGAGAGGCAGAGCAGAAGGAAGUAAGGAAAGUGGAAAGUUGAGGUAGCUAAUUUCUAAUGACAGUGAGAAAGAGACAGUGAGAAAAUUUCUCUUGAAGUCUUUAUUACUCAGGCAUCUGAAUAAAAUGGUGGCUGCUUUUCUCCUGAGCACCUUUUUGCUUCAUGUUACUGCUGCUGUGGCUUCAGAACCGCAAUAUAUCCUAUGGGUCUCCUCUGUCAUUCAGAGUGAUUCUACAGGAAAAGCUUGUCUCCACCUCUUAAAACUUAAUGAAUCUGUAUCCUUGAGUGUCAUCUUAGAAUAUGAUGGAUCCAAUACCACUAUUUUUGACCGGUUUGUGGAGGAAGAUAACUUCUAUGCUUGCGCAGAUUUCAAGGUCUCUCAGAAGUCAUCUGAACAGUUGGCUUUUAUUACCUUGCUGGCUAAGGGAGAUACUCAUCAAAUCUCUGAGAGAAGAUCUGUAGCAGUCAUUUCAGAGGAGAAGGUAACCUUUAUACAGACAGAUAAACCCAUCUAUAAAUCGGGAGAGAGUGUUCAGUUUCGCAUUGUGACCCUGGAUACCAAGUUCAAGCCUGUUGAAGAGUUGUAUCCUUUAAUCACAGUUCAGGAUCCUCAAAACAAUCGGAUUUUUCAAUGGCAAAAUGUGACUUCUUUCCGAAAUAUUACCCAACUCUCGUUCCAAUUGAUUUCAGAACCAAUGUUUGGAGAUUACUGGAUUGUUGUGAAAAGAAACUCAGGGAAGACAGUGGCACACCAAUUUGCUGUUAAAAGAUAUGUGCUGCCCAAGUUUGAAGUUACGGUCAAUGCACCACAAACAGUAACUAUUUCAGAUGAUGAAUUCCAAGUGGAUGUAUGUGCUAAGUACACCUUUGGCCAACCUGUGCAAGGGAAAACCCAAAUCCAGGUGUGCAGAGAGUAUUUUUCUUCAAGCAAUUGUGAGAAAAAUGACAAUGAAAUAUGUGAGCAAUUUAUUGCACAGUUGGAAAAUGGCUGUGUUUCUCAAAUUGUAAAUACAAAAGUCUUCCAACUCUACCGUUCGGGAUUAUUCAUGACAUUUCAUGUCGCUGUAAUUGUUACAGAAUUUGGGACAGGUGUGCAGAUCAGUGAGAAGACCUCAGUUUUUAUCACUCAAUUGCUUGGAACUGUAAACUUUGAGAACAUGGAUACUUUCUAUAGAAGAGGGAUUUCUUAUUUUGGAACUCUUAAAUUUUCAGGUCCCAAUAAUGUACCUAUGGUGAACAAGUUGUUGCAACUGGAACUCAAUGAUGAAUUUAUAGGAAAUUACACUACAGAUGAGAAUGGCGAAGCUCAAUUUGCCAUUGACACUUCAGACAUAUUUGAUCCAGAGUUCAACCUAAAAGCCACAUAUGUUCAACCUAAGAGCUGCUAUCUUCCCAGCUGGUUGACGCCUCAGUACUUGGAUGCUCACUUCUUAGUCUCACGCUUUUACUCCCGAACCAACAGCUUCCUGAAGAUUGUUCCUGAACCAAAGCAGCUUGAAUGUAAUCAACAGAAGGUUGUUACUGUGCAUUACUCCCUAAACAGUGAAGCAUAUGAGGAUGAUUCCAAUGUAAAGUUCUUCUAUUUGAUGAUGGUAAAAGGAGCUAUCUUACUCAGUGAACAAAAGGAAAUCAGAAACAAAGCCUGGAAUGGAAACUUCUCAUUCCCAAUCAGCAUCAGUGCUGAUCUGGCUCCUGCAGCUGUCCUGUUUGUCUACACCCUUCACCCCAGUGGGGAAAUUGUGGCUGACAGUGUCAGAUUCCAGAUUGACAAGUGCUUUAAACACAAGGUUAACAUAAAGUUCUCUAAAGAGCAGGGCCUACCUGGCUCCAAUGCUAGUCUCUAUCUUCAAGCGGCCCCUGACUCAUUCUGUGCCCUCCGGGCUGUGGAUAGGAGCGUCCUUCUACUGAAGUCUGAACAACAGCUGUCAGCUGAAAGUGUGUAUAACAUGGUUCCAAGUAUAGAGCUGUAUGGUUAUUUCUACCGUGGCCUCAAUCUGGAUGAUGGCAAGGAAGACCCUUGCAUUCCUCAGAGAGAUAUGUUCUACAAUGGUUUAUAUUACACGCCUGUAAGCAACUAUGGGGAUGGAGACAUCUAUAAUAUUGUCAGGAACAUGGGUCUAAAAGUCUUUACCAAUCUCCAUUACCGAAAACCAGAAGUAUGUGUGAUGGAGAGAAGGCUGCCACUCCCUAAGUCGCUUUAUCUAGAAACAGAAAAUUAUGGUCCGAUGCAUAGUGUUCCAUCUAGAAUUGCAUCUAGUGGAAUCAGAGAGAAGAAUGCCGACUAUGUAGAACAGGCUAUAAUUCAAACAGUAAGAACAAACUUCCCAGAGACAUGGAUUUGGGACCUCGUCAGUGUCAAUUCCUCAGGCUCUGCCAAUCUUUCGUUCCUCAUUCCUGAUACGAUAACCCAAUGGGAGGCAAGUGGCUUUUGUGUGAAUGGCGACGUUGGAUUUGGUGUUUCCUCUACAACCACUCUAGAAGUCUCCCAACCUUUCUUUAUUGAAAUUGCCUCACCCUUUUCGGUUGUUCAAAAUGAACAAUUUGAUUUGAUUGUCAAUGUCUUCAACGACCUGAAUACAUGUGUGGAGAUUUCUGUUCAAGUGGAGGAGUCUCAGAAUUAUGCAGCAAAUAUUAAUACCUUGAAAAUCAAUGGCAGUGAGAUUAACCAAGCUGGAGGGAGGAAAACAAACAUCUGGACUAUUAUACCUAAGAAAUUGGGUAAAGUGAAUAUCACUGUAGUUGCUGAGUCCAAACAAAGCAGUGCUUGCCCAAAUGAAGGAAUGGAGCAGCAAAAGCUAAACUGGAAAGAUACUGUGGUCAAAAGCUUCUUGGUAGAGCCUGAAGGUAUUGAAAAGGAAAGGACUCAGAGUUUCCUUAUCUGUACAGAAGGUGCCAAAGCCUCCAAGCAGGAAGUUUUGGACUUGCCAAACGAUGUAGUAGAAGGGUCAGCCAGAGGCUUUUUCACUGUUGUGGGGGAUAUUCUAGGACUUGCCAUGCAGAAUCUGGUUGUUCUCCAAAUGCCCUAUGGAAGUGGAGAGCAGAAUGCUGCCCUACUAGCAUCUGAUACUUAUGUUCUUGACUAUCUGAAAUCUACUGAGCAACUGACAGAGGAAGUUCAAUCUAAGGCUUUCUUUCUCUUAUCCAAUGGUUAUCAAAGGCAGUUAUCUUUCAAAAACUCUGAUGGUUCAUAUAGUGUGUUUUGGCAGCAGAAUCAGAAAGGAAGCAUAUGGCUCAGUGCUCUUACUUUUAAGACAUUGGAGAGAAUGAAAAAGUAUGUAUUCAUUGAUGAAAAUGUUCAAAAACAGACCUUAAUCUGGCUUUCAAGCCAACAGAAAACAAGCGGCUGCUUUAAGAAUGAUGGCCAGCUUUUCAACCAUGCCUGGGAGGGUGGAGAUGAAGAGGACAUUUCACUCACUGCAUAUGUUGUUGGGAUGUUCUUUGAAGCUGGGCUCAAUUUCACUUUUCCUGCUCUACGAAACGCAGUCUUUUGCCUUGAAGCGGCAUUGGACAGUGGUGUCACUAAUGGCUACGAUCAUGCAAUUCUAACUUAUGCUUUUGCCUUAGCUGGAAAAGAGAAGCAAGUGGAAUCUUUACUCCAAACCCUGGAUCAAUCUGCCACAAAACUAAAUAAUGUCAUCUACUGGGAAAGAGAAAGGAAACCCAAGACAGAAGAAUUUCCAUCCUUUAUUCCCUGGGAAACUUCUGCCCAGACUGAGAAGACUUGCUAUGUGCUAUUGGCUGUCAUUUCCCGGAAAAUUCCUGACCUCACCUAUGCUAGCAAGAUUGUGCAGUGGCUUGCCCAACAGAUGAAUUCCCAUGGAGGCUUUUCUUCCACUCAGGAAACUGCAGUUUGUCUUCUUGCCAUAACCCGCUACAUGAAGUUAACCUUCUCUAAGAAUCAAAACACUGUCACCUUUAGCAGUGAAGGAUCCAGUGAGACUUUCCAGGUUAACAGUGAUAACCGCCUACUGGUCCAACGUUCAGAACUAACAAAGGCACCUGGGCAAUACACAGUAGAUGUGGAAGGACACGGUUGUACAUUUAUCCAGGCCACCCUCAAGUACAAUGUUCUCCUACCUAAGAAGGCAUCUGGAUUUUCUCUUUCCUUGGAAAUAGUAAAGAGCUACUCUUCGACUGUUUUUGACCUCACAGUGACCCUCGAAUAUACGGGAAUUCACAAUAAAUCCAAUAUGGUGGUUAUAGAUGUAAAAAUGCUAUCAGGAUUUACUCCAGCCAUGUCAUCCAUUGAAGAGCUUGAAAACAAGGGUCAAGUGAUGAAGACUGAAGUCAGAAAUGACCAUGUUCUUUUCUACUUGGAAAAUGUUUUUGGUACAGCAGACAGUUUCACUUUUUCUGUUGAGCAGAGCAACCCUGUGUUCAACAUUCAGCCCGCCCCAGUCAUGGUCUAUGAUUAUUACGAAAAAGAAGAAUAUGCCCUUGCUUUUUACCAUAUCGACAGUAGUUCAGUUUCUGAGUGAGACAAAGCAAUUACUGGAAGAGGUGGAAAAGCAUUUCUUUUAACAAACCGAUUCUUCUGUAUCAAACCUGGAAAAAGAUCAUGAACCAUCUGACAUCCUGAACAGUCUGCAAUCUGCUAUGGCUCCUUGUCAGGUCUUAUUUCCUUAUCAUCCCAUUAAAUGUUGUCAUUUUG